UGUUUCUCUGUUCUUUGUCCGGGCAGGAACAGUUCCGCUGCAGCACGUCAUUUCCGGUGAAUCGGUGAUAAAGAAGCCCAGCGGAGCUCCGCGGGUCAAUUUUUUGGGUUUGUUCGGUGAAUCCGGUCGGAUCGGAGCCAUCAGAACCGCAGACAUGACGGUUGGAAAGAGCAGCAAGAUGCUGCAGCACAUCGACUUCAGGAUGAGAUGCAUCCUGCAGGAUGGACGCAUCUUCAUCGGCACCUUCAAGGCCUUUGACAAGCACAUGAACCUGAUUCUGUGUGACUGUGACGAAUUCAGGAAGAUCAAGCCGAAGAACUCGAAGCAGCCGGAGCGUGAGGAGAAGAGGGUCCUGGGUCUUGUCCUGCUGCGGGGGGAGAACCUGGUUUCUAUGACAGUGGAGGGCCCGCCCCCUAAAGACACGGGUAUUGCUCGCGUGCCGCUGGCGGGCGUGGCCGGUGGCCCUGGUGUUGGCCGGGCGGCGGGGCGUGGCGUCCCUGCAGGAGCGCCGAUGCCUCAGGCACCAGCUGGGCUGGCAGGGCCGGUCCGAGGGGUGGGCGGGCCAUCGCAGCAGGUGAUGACCCCGCAGGGCAGAGGGACUGUUGCCGCUGCCGCUGCCGGAGCCAGCAUCGCCGGUGCUCCCACACAGUACCCACCUGGACGAGGAGCCCCGCCCCCAAUGGGCAGAGGAGCCCCGCCCCCAGGUAUGAUGGGCCCGCCCCCCGGCAUGCGGCCCCCGAUGGGUCCUCCGAUGGGGAUGCCUCCAGGCCGCGGUGCUCCGAUGGGCAUGCCGCCACCAGGCAUGAGGCCGCCGCCCCCUGGCAUGAGAGGACCGCCCCCUCCCGGAAUGAGACCGCCCCCCCGGCCCUGAGGAAGCCCUGCCCCCCUCAGACUCACCUGCUGUAUAGAGUUUUUUAUUUCCAGUUUUGUUUUUUAAUAAAGUUUUUUUUUUUCCCCUUAGGGUGCUUUGAUUUCUGCCGUCUGUUUCCAUGGUAACCACUUUAAUAAAAGUCUGGAGAAUCAG